AUGUACGUACUUCGUCUGUUCGGCCCGCUGUUGCGGCAGCAUCGCCGCCCUCUUGGAUAUACCGCCCUUGUGCCCCUGUGCCGUGCUGUAGACGCCGGUGGCCGCCAGUCGCGGCGCCACUUCACAACGGACGACACGACCGAUCGCUUCAGGCACGUGAGUGAAUCGCUGCCGCACCGGCAAUCGGCCCAUGAGGGACCUGAAUACACCGGCCAGUCUACAGGGCAGUGGUCUGAUGAGUCGCCAGGGGCGCCGUCAGCGCCCUCUGAGCGCGGUGAGAAGCCGAAGCUUGACAAAGCCGCCAUAAAGAGCAUCCCUCUGGAGACAAUCGAGGACGCAGUGCUAAAGUUUGUGCCGGAGACGAUCAGGGAGAGCAGUUUGGAUGACGACUUCCUGACACCAGGCCAGGCGUUUUACCUGGAGAACCGCGACAAGCUGUUCGACCAGCUGCGUCGGAGGUACUUCGAGGCGACGAGCGAGGGCGGGGGCGACCAGGUGACUGACGGCGAGAUCGAGAGCAUGCUGCCGCUGCUGAUGGAGGAAGAGCAGUUCGGCUGCUACGACCCCGAGCCGGUGGUGUCGCCCGGCAAGCACCACCUCUGGGACUACAACACUUCCGAGGUGUCGGCCCCGAGGAGGAACGUGCACCUGCGCAAGGGGGAGAUGCCUACGCUGCAGCAGGUCGUCGAGAUCUUGGAGCAGGAACGUAUGUCCAACGUCGUGGUGGUCGACAUGGACAGCUGCAACCGCCGCGAUCAGGCGAUGUACUGCAUUGUGGCCACGGGCAUGACGAAGGCCCACUGCAGACGCGUGGGCAGGCUGAUAUACCGCGCCAUAGUUGACCUGGAGGUGCCGUUCGUAUCCCGCACGGCGUACUGCUGCCACUCGAGGAACGACGAAUGGAUCGUGGCCAGGCUAGGGCCGCUGUGCGUCCACCUGCUCGUGAAGGAAGUGCGCGAGCGCCAGAGCAUCGAGGACCUGUGGGCGGAAUCCCGAGCGGCAGACACCGAUCACGUCGCCGGCUCCAUCACCGAACCUGAGAACUCGCCAGCUGACCACACAACACACAAACUAGCUUAA